AUGGACCUGCUGGAGACCGGCUUCGUCGAGCCAUUGGAUUUCGACAACAUGACCCUGCCAUUAGGUGAAGACAUUUCGCUUUGGACCGGCGAGCUUUUGCCGUAUCUCUACCUAUUCCGAAUCAAUAUGUCCGGUGACUCAUUCAACUUCAUGGUGGAAACCUUCACACUCUCAACGCUGAGAUAG